AUGGAUUAUUCUAGUGUUGCUACUCCGGAGCGGUGUUAUGUUGAUUUCUGUCUUGUUCCUGUAGGAACAGCCUCCCCCUCCGUCGCCAAAGAAGUCGCUGCCGUGCAGAGGCUUCUCAAGGCGUCUGGCUUGACGUACACGAUGCACUCGGCAGGAACGACGGUGGAAGGGUCGUGGGAUGAGGUGAUGCGGGUUGUGGGCAGGGCACAUGCGGUUGUGCAUGAGAUGGGGGUGGGGAGGGUGCAGAGUAGCAUGAGGGUGGGCACAAGGACGGACAAGAAGCAGUCUGCUGCGGACAAGGUGAAGAGGGUCGAGGAUCUGCUGGCGGAGGACGAAUAA